GGUUAAGGCUGACGCCAAUCACGUCCUGGUUCCCGCCGGCUGCCGGAGCCGGAAGCAGAGGCGCGCACGGGAGGUGGUGCUGGUUCCUCGGGCUGGCCCCAGGGCCGCAGUGGGGCUUUGUCCUGGGGGUGCUGUGCCUGAGCUAAAGGAGCUAGCUCCUGGUGCAGUUGGCAGAGUGGAAUGGCUGUGAGAGCUUGUGGCUUGAUCAUCUACAGGAGGCUGCAGCCAGCAGCAUGCUCUAAGGUCACUGACUGCAUCGAGUACCUCCUGCUUCAGACAUCCUAUGGGACCCACCACUGGACCCCGCCCAAAGGCCACGUGGACCCUGGGGAGGAUGACCUGCAGACAGCCUUCCGGGAAACACAGGAGGAGGCUGGUCUGCAGGCCAGCCAGCUCACUCUCAUCGAGGGCUACAAGAAAGAGCUGCACUACCCUGUCCAUGGCAAGCCUAAGACUGUCGUGUACUGGCUGGCAGAACUGAAGGACUGCAACACAGAAAUCAAGCUGUCAGAGGAGCACCAAGCUUUCCAGUGGCUGAAGCUGGAGGAUGCCUGCAAAUUUGCAGAAUAUGAGGACAUGCAAGCAGUGCUGAAAGAAGUGCAUCAAUUUCUCUGCUCCAGAGAAUAAGUGUUUUUGUGAAGUAUAAGGGGAUUUCUUGAGGAGACAGGUCCACACACGUGUGUCUGGAACUUGUUGUGUUGGUUUUCUGGGCCUCUGAGCUGCUGUCUGGGCAGCAGCACAGAUGGUUUCAUCUGCCAGCGUCUUCCACCUGCUGAACUUGUCCUUCUCCCUGGAGACAAAGACCUUGUGGCCCCCCUCCUUCGUGCCAAGGUGGAAGCCCAAGCUCUGCAGAGUCAAGUGUCCCUUCUUGCUGCAGGACCAUGCCUGGUGUUCCCGAUCUGCACAGGGCUCCAGCUUGACUAGACUGUCCUGGUGCAUCCUGUGGGCCGACAGGCAGUACUUGGUGUGCAGGCUGAUGAUGGUGCCUGAGUCGGGGUCCCAGGCCCAGCGCUGCUGCUGGGAGUGCUCCUUGCAGCUGGCCAGGCUGAUGCUGUGGGUCUCAUGGGAGGCACAGAUGCACUUUUCCAGACGGGUGUUCUUUAUGAGGAAGCCUUGUCCCUCUGCUACUGCUGUACAAUCAGAGCACGGUUUAGUACUGUGCACAUCUGAAGAAAACACAUCUCCUUGUAAAUACCCUGGGGGAGGUAAGAUGUAACCCACCAGUCCUUUCCUGGAUGGGUAUGCCUGGAUAAAUAGUUGCCACAGCUUCCUAAUUUCUUGGAAUGAUAUUUCUUUGAAAAGAAUGAGGGUGCAAAUAGCCAUGAGCAAUGCUGGAGGAAAAUAGCAGUUAUGUAACUAAGGAGCUAAUGAGGAAAAACAUCCUUUCAAUUUGAAUGAUUAUAUCAAAUAUCUGCCUCUCUCUCUCUCUCUCUCUCUCUCUCUCUCUCUCUCUCUCUUUCUCUCUCUCUCUCUCUCUCUCUCUAUAUAUAUAUAUAUAUAUAUGUAUUCAAUUCAGUACUUCAAUUGUUUUAACUAUGUAGCCAUCCUUCCAUCCCUCCAAAUGAAUUAGAUUAGAUAGUUUAAGGGAUCUUUUGCCCCUGUCCUGGUCAAAUCUUUAUUAUAAAAGAGCAGUUGACAUCCCCCUCAUGCUGUUCAUGUGGGGCCAACUAGGCCACCUUGGGCUACACUUUCUACUAAGUGGCUUCUGGAGGUAUUAAAGCAGUGCGGGGAUGAAACCAUAUCCCACCAAAAGUGUGUAGGUACUUGGCUGAGGCAGCUCAUGUAAGUAUUGACAUUAUCUUGGAUUUAUCACACUUGACAUUGAUCUGUGCACCAUAGGAACAAAAGUACCAUUUUUAAAAAUCCUUUUGUAAGAGGGAGACAUUGUAGCUGUCCCAUAACAAACACACAAUUUAAAGCAAUUUCUGUAAUUUCUUGCUGCUUUUAAGAGCAACAGGUCCAAACAUCUCAGAUGAUUUAGAUGGAUAUCACAUUAGCUGAAGGAUUGCUAAUGUUUUCAGUAUAACAUCAUCAGGUGUGGCCUGUGAAUUUUCCUGAGCAAAAUGUUAAGUGCUAAACCAUCCACUACUGUUGCAGGUGAACUUUCUGCUGUAUAUUUUAUGCCUAAGAUAGAUGGAUAGAAAUAGAAGUUUCAAAUUUCUGAACAUUCUGAGAAAUCUUUUAAUAACAACACAUUGCAACUCCCAGCUUUUACAGUGAUGUUUUUUCUAUUUUCCCCAGGAGACAGAAUUAUAAAAGCCCCAUCAGCGUAUAGUACUGAGCAUAAAGAGUAAGAGGACACUGAAAAGUUAGGCAAGAACACUGAUUUUUAUCUAAACUAUUUCUGCAGUGUCUCCUCCCAAAUUAAAAACAAAACAAAACAAAACAAACACAACAAACCACAACAAUACUGAGUCAAUACAAGUAUUUGGCUCAGUACCUGAAAAGAUUAGUGACAGUAUAAACAGAAGCUGGUACACAAUAACAACAGUGUAGACAAUAGUUUAAAGGAGCUCUCAUGUUUUUCUCUCAGGAAAUUCUAGGGUUCUGCUAGAUUAAUAAUGCCUUGGGGCCGUUAAAUAAGAAACAGCUCAGGGAUUUCUGCUUAUGAAUGCCUGAGGAGAAGAGCCAGAAACCACAGUGCUUCUCCACCAACUCUGAGAUUGUCUGAUCAAUGUAUCUGCACUGGGAUAUUAAUUUGCAUGGACUUGUGAUAGCCACCAAUCCAGACAAUUCCUGCCGAGCCAAUGUGUCUAAAUGGAAAUUAAAUUUCUGAGCUGUCUGUGGGCAA